AUGGCGGACGAUUCCAGCGAUUUGCUGGAUGGCCUGCAUAGUUUGGACAUCACGGCCUGCAAAGAUCUCAUUCGCCAGCUCCAAGCGAGGCGAGAACGCCGCAGGGAGCUGGUCGAGAGACUGCAGGAGAAGCUGAAGGCUCUGAACAACGAGCUGGCGGCUCGCAAGGAGGAGGCCGACAGAUGUAAGCAGGACCUCCUCGAUGAGCAGGCCAAGAAUCGCCGUUUGGCGGAGAAAAGGCGGCAGAGAGGCGGCGAGAAAGAGGUGGCGUCGAUCCAAGAUGAUCUCCAGCGCGAGCAGGAGAUGGAGCUCCAAACCGCCAAUGUGCGCCGCUUCAUGGAGACGACGCUGCAGGAGCAGGUACAGCGAAACCGGACUCAAAACGAGCUUGGUAUUCGCAUUUACGACGAAGUUGAGCUGAUGGUGGAAAAGUCAGCAGAGGAGCAAGCCUUGGAAAGCAGAUACAUUGACACGGUCUUGGUGACCUACUGCAUUCCGAACUCCGACCUGAAGUACAACCUCAGCUUUCGGGUGGAUAAGGACAUGAAGUCCAAGAAGCUGCGAGAGGAUGCUUGUUUGUACUGGGGCCUUUCAGAGGUGGACUUCAUCCUGAAGACCCUGAGCAAUGCCAAGGUCCACGAUGAGCUGACGAUUCAGAGUUGCUUCAAUGAGAGCGAAGAUGCUCACUUCAGCUUGGUGCAGAAGACACCGAAGAACACAUCCCUGAUGGACAGGGAGUUAACGAACAUUUUGCCCAAAGCAGGCCGGAAAGCGCGGCGUGGGGGCGCCAAUAAGUCCAGCCACGACACUGGCAAGUCGGAGGGUACCGCUGCCGGAGGCACCAGCGGAGAACUCGCUGAGCAGAUGAUGCUUUUGCCCGGCCUUUUCGCGUUCAUGACGCAGAGGGACCAGAACGUCAAGCAGCAUCUUCAACGGAUGAAGCUACGAAACAUUUUUAUCUAUCUCACAGUUCUGGUGCUGGCGCUGUAUGACAUCUACCUGAAUCAGCCUCCUGAAGUCAACUUCUUCUGCCGCGAAGGAGCCGUGCGCCCCUUGACAUCUGGUGAGGUGCAUGCGGUGGAUUUUGUUGACAUCCGAACACCGGAUUUAGUUUGGGCUUGGUUAGCCGACACUGUGGCUGCCGAGCUUUUCACACCUUCGUCCCUGCUGCGCAGCGGGAACUAUGUCCUUGGCUUUUUGCAGGUCCUCGUCCAAAACGUGCAGCCUCCCACAGAAGCGCAAUGCCCCAAGGAGGAUGCGUCCUUUGCACUUCCUCCAAAUGUGUCCUGUUUUGCGAUGACGUAUGCGGACACAACAGCGCAGACCGGCGAGCUCGGGGAGAUUCGCAACUACUUCGAGGGAAAGAUUGGCCUGGAUGGCCGAUACCAUCAGACAAGCCCAUGGCAGUGGGGUUCCUCACGGAUGUCUUCGCCCACAGGAGGAGAAGCAUCAACCCAGAUGAGCUUCUCUGCCGUGGAUGGUUCAGGCUAUAGUGUCGAGUACAACUUGCAGGAUCCGUCUCCGGAUUUGGUCCGGCAGGCUUUCCUGCAAGAUGUCGCCUUCCUCUCCCAAGCAAACUGGCUGGACACGCAGACGCGCGCGGUUCACGUGCAGUUCAUGCUCUACAACCCCAACUACGACCUUUGGGUUCCCAACAGGUACUCCUUUGAGAUGACGGGCUUCGGCACAGUCACGCCAAAGAUAGACGUGUCUACGUUUAGGCCAGGCAUGAUUGAGUACGACAUUGGCCUUGGUCAGCUGGGUUCGGACCUCAUCAGGUGCUUCUUCGUGCUCUACAUUUGCCUGUACCAGGUCUAUUGGGACUUCAUGUACGAGCGGAAGGUCAACGGCGCGGGGUGGAAACACUUCUUCACCAUCCAGGGCGCUGUGGAUCUGAGCAUUGGAAGCGUUUUCUUCGCGAUGUUCGGCCUGCGCUACACUGCAUUCAAUGCUGGAUCAGUCAGCUACCUCUCGCAGCACUUCAAUGGAGUCCUCGACGCAACGGAGCUCUCGCAGGUUUACAACCAGCACCUAGCUUUGGAUGCAGCAAUGGCCGCCUUGGUUCUCUACCGGGUCCUCUAUUUCCUCCAGGUGAACCGCCACGUCUUCAUCAUUUGGACCUCCGUCGCGAAGGCAGCCAAGGUUGCCCUCAGGCUGCUGGUGAUCGUUGUGCCUGUGAUUGCGGGCCUGACGGUGCUGAGCAUGGGAGUGUCUUUCUACUUUGACCAGUACACCAGGACGUUUUGGUCUGCGCUGACGCGGAUUCUGCUCAUGAUUUUCGGGGACGAUGAGACGGUGAAGGCCUAUGACCCCAAUCGGGGUUGGCAGCUUACCUUCAACGUGGUCUUGUACUAUGCGACCAGGUUGAUCUUCGUGAACAGCUGGUUUGCAGUCCUCAUUCAUGAGUACCAGAAGACCAGGGUGGCUGCUGGCUACUCCACGAAGAAGUACCGGUGGAAGGAAUACGACUACGUGGUUUGGUGCCUUCCGUGGCCACGCUCGCCGCGUUUACCGUCCCAGUGA